GGUUUGAGAGUCCUUGGAGAUCCAGGGGACGAAGAAAAUGGACAAAGUAGCCUUUAGUCAUGAAGAGGGAAAUGAAACUAAGUAGACCCCGGCCUUCAGAAGGAGGGAAGAGAUGAUUCAUUCUCUCCUCCCCCCUGGCCUGCGGCUUGCAGGCAUUGGGAGCGGCCGGUCUCCGUUGGGAUCUCGGGGCUGCGUGGGGAGGAGGGGCGGGGCAGUUCCGGUGUGCCUGUUUUGGGAGCGGCGGUAUCGUCCCGAACCUCCUGAGGUCGGCGCUAGGGACCCUAGGCUGGUGGGCACUGGACUGGGCGUUUUCGCCGGCAGACUCAGGAGCCCACGGGCACCCAGCUGUUGCUGCAUCUCCCUCCAGUGCUCAGCCCAGGGUAUGUGAUUGCUCCCUGCUUGCUGCCUGAGUUCAUCUCCAGCCCCCACAGAUUGCCUGGGGCGCCUUAGUGGCCAAAGCCGACAGUCAUGCCCGUGGAGACCUUGCCCACAGCAGGGAGUCUGAAGGAGGUGGCCCCCGGCCCCCCCUGCACCUCCAGCAUGCCCUUCCGCAUCCUCACCAAGGGGCCCGGUUACUUCCGACGCCAGGGCGAAGGCAACGUCCGCAAACCGAGUGCUGUGGAGAGGCUGGAGGCGGACAAGGCCAAGUAUGUGAAGAGCUUGCGGGUGGCCAGCACCCGCCAGGAGCCUAUAAAGCCCCUCCUCCUGAAGCAGCCCCUCUUUAGCCCUGGAGUUCGUCGAGCAAUGUUGACACCCAAUCGCCGAUCCCCGGCUGCAGGCAGCCGCCGGGCAGAGGCUUGUGGGGCUCGGGCCUCCCUCAACAUGGAGGUCCUCAGCAAUCUCAUUAAUCUCUGUGAUAGCCCUGCGCCCCUGCCUGAUGGCCCUCCUCCAGAACGCAAGUGGAAGGCAGGGCCCUCGCCUGGCCUGGGUCGGAUGUCCCUAGGAGAUGGGAAGCGAAUGAGUCCUGCCCCUGAGGGUUCCCUCUCUACUCCUCUGCGGCCCCCCAGCAUAGCAGCAGUGCGCAGGGUGGAUGUCCGGCCCUCCGGGGAGCCCCAAGUCCGGGCCAUUCCCAGUUCCCCUGCCAGCCCUUGCUCUAACCUGGGCACCUCACCAGGCCCCAGUCCCCAAGAGGGCCCUCGACGGCUUACCCACCUGCACCGCUCCAAGUCAGACCUGAGUGACCGAUUCUCCAGGGCCACGGCCGACCUCGAACGCUUCUUUAACUACUGUGGCCUGGACCCCGAGGAAGCGCGUGGCUUGGGCGUGGAGCACUUCGCCAGGGCCAGCUCGGACAUAGUCUCGGUGAAAUUCCACAGCGUCAGCACCAGCAGCUCAGAGGGCACUCAGUCCCAGCGCAGCGAGGCCACAGCUGAGGACAGGGCCAGAGAGCGAGCCCCGUACGGCGUCUCUGUCAUCGAGCGCAAUGCCCGCGUCAUUAAGUGGCUGUACGGGCUGCGGCAGGCUCGCGAGGCAGCGCAGAGAAGUUCCAAUGUUUAAGGGUCCCUGGCUUUGUGCUCCUGAGGCUUUGUGCUCCGGGCCCCUCCGGGGAGGGGGGCACCUGCGGUGGAGAGAAGUGCGCUCUGUCCCCCCGGCUCCAGCGCUGUCAUUGGACAUUUUGAUGGAGAUCCAGCCAGAGAUUGGCGGGCCAGGAACCUCAGGAGAAAUGUUUGCAUGUUGGGUUCCAUGAGGCCAGUAUCUUCAACGGAGAUGUGGCUUCCUUAGACUCUCAGUAAACUUUGUGGGAAGCAGACCCUUUGUCAAAUGCAGAAAGUGUUGGUGGGGGGUGGGGGGUGGGGUGGAGCAGGAAGCCAGUAGUGAUUUGGGUGGCAAAGAGAGAACCAACCUGUGGUGUCCUGGGCCCAUGUGAAGUCCUGUGUUGCUCAUUCUUUCCAUUGAUUGAUAGAAGAUUUGAAUGAGAGGAGGGAAGAAAUCAAAGGUGUGAAAUGUGUGAAUAUGUGGUGUGAGGUCCUCAUGGAAGGCGAGACCCUCUCAGCCUUCUCCCCCACCCCCAGCUUGUCCCAGUUCCUCCCAGGGCCUUCCCAGCAUAAGCUCGGCUUGGCAGCUGCCCCUGAGAGGGUGGGAAGUAGGGCAGCCAGCCUUCCCAGCAAGGGAGUGUAUUUGGAGCUCGGGGUACCAGCAUGGCUACCAGUCUGGCCUCCAAAGGCUGGAUGUGAUCAGUAUUCCCCUACUCGCCUCGUGUCCCAUCCCCCCUAUGCCUUGUUAGGGCUUAAACUCUAGUAUGUUCUAGGGUUCCUGUUCUGGUGCCCCCAGCAUCUUCCCUUGAAGAGAGAAUGUGUGUGUGUUUGUGAGAACAGUGGUGUUUGGUGUAUGUGUGUGUAAUGGGAGCAAGGGGAGUUGGCAGGGGGAUAGCCAAUUCAUAGUCAGAUACUACCUUGUUUCUGCUGGGCAGAUUCCUCAAGAAACUGGACUUUUGGUUUCCCUUCUCUUGAGCUGUGAGAACUCAGUUUCACCAUGUCACUAGCUGGACCUCUGUUGUCCUUCUUUGGAGUUUCUUUGUUAAUAAACCUAUGUGGUUUUGCUUUGGACAAAAA